UCCUCUGCGUAGACCCUAGCCCUGCUUUCUUUUUCUCUUCUAUUCUUUUUGUUUUCCGGGGAAUAUUUAGAAGCUAAAACUCAGAUUCAAAUCUAAUAAACAUUUGAUUUAACCUUUUAUUUUAUUUUUAAUUAAAAAAGAGUUAGUAAUUAUAGUAAUAAAGAGAUAAGGAUGCGGCAAAAUAGUGGCUCGGAUUCGCAGCCACCAGCGCAACCUUCGCAAGAACACCACCAACGCCAACAACCGCCACAAUUGCAUCCGCAGUGGGUGGCGAUGCAGUGUCCGACGGCAGCUAUGGUAAUGCAGCACCGGAUGAUGCAACCGCAGCACUUAGUGGCGCCGCCGCCUCCACCUCAGCACUACCCGUCAUAUCACCCUCAUCAUAAUCAGUUCCAGCAGCACCAGGGAACCGCGCAUCACGCGCAGCAACAACAAGGAUCCAGCGGUGGCGGAGAGAACAAAACCAUUUGGGUUGGUGAUUUGCACCCUUGGAUGGACGAGAACUACCUUCACAGCUGUUUCGCUUCUACCGGCGAGAUUUCAUCCAUCAAGGUCAUCCGCAAUAAGCAGACUGGCCUAUCAGAAGGAUACGGAUUUGUGGAAUUUUUUUCUCAUGCAACGGCAGAGAAAGUUCUCCAAAAUUAUAGUGGCAGUUUGAUGCCUAAUAUGGAUCAACCUUUCCGCCUAAACUGGGCAACUUUUAACACGGGAGAUAAGCGCUCGGAGAAUGGUCCUGAUCUUUCUAUUUUUGUCGGAGAUUUAGCUGCAGAUGUUACUGAUAGCCUAUUGCAUGAAACUUUUGCUAGUAAAUAUCCUUCUGUUAAAGCUGCAAAAGUCGUAAUUGAUGCUAAUACUGGUAGAUCUAAGGGCUAUGGCUUUGUGAGGUUUGGGGAUGAUACUGAGAGGUCAAAUGCCAUGACUGAAAUGAAUGGUGUAUAUUGUUCAAGCAGGCCUAUGCGUAUCAGUGCUGCAACUCCCAGGAAAUCCUCUGGUUAUCAGCAACAGUAUUCUUCGCAAGGUGGCCAUGCAUUAAAUGGUGCUUCAACCCAAUCUGAUGGAGAUUCUUCAAAUACAACCAUAUUUGUUGGAGGGCUUGACCAUAACGUGACCGAGGGAGAUCUCAGGCAACCUUUCUCCCAGUAUGGUGAAAUUUUCUCUGUUAAAAUACCUGUUGGGAAGGGAUGUGGGUUUGUACAAUUCACUAACAGGAACAAUGCUGAGGAGGCGUUGCAGAAGUUGAAUGGAACUAUAAUUGGCAAGCAAACAGUGCGACUCUCUUGGGGUCGCAAUCCAGCAAAUAAGCAGUUCAGAGCAGAUUAUGGUAACCAGUGGGGUGGAACUUACUACGGAGGAGCUGUGUAUGAUGGUUACGGGUAUGCUCUGCCAUCACCUCACAAUCCGGCCAUUUAUGCAGCUGCAUAUGGGGCGUAUCCAUUCUAUGGCAGUUAUCAGCAACAAGUAAACUGAAAUAAUAACAGCAGAAGAAAGUAUCUCGUCAGUAGACAACUCACACUAGAGGAGAGGUGUAGCUUUCUUGGUUGUGUAGAAUUCUUAUAAAUCCCUCCAGAUGUGGAGUGGAGCUGAAUUUUGACCCCUUAAGUAGGAUAUUUUAGGGUUUGGAUUGAUCAUUUGUUUGAUUUUCUCCGAGUU